GUCACGAAGCUAUGGCACUUCGAGAACAACGAUCGAAUCCAGAUCGACAAAGUGAAGGCCGGAGACAUCUGUGCCUUCGCUGGCCUCACCGAAGUGACCAUUGGCGACACCGUGGUGGACCAGAACGAUGCCAGGCCUCUGCCUCCGAUCCAGGUGGAGGAGCCGACGGUUGCCAUGGAAUUCUCGGUGAACAAGUCCCCGUUCGCGGCACAGCUGAAGGAGUCCACGAAAGUCACAGCUGUCCAGAUCAAGGCCCGUUUGGAGAAGGAGUGCCUCACCAACUUGGCUCUGCGCUUUGAACCUGGCAGCACGUCUGAGAGCUUCAAAGUGAAGGGCAGAGGGACGCUCCAGCUGGGCAUCCUCAUGGAGAACAUGCGCCGCGAGGGCUUCGAGUUCAUGGUCAGUGCACCGGAGGUGCUGCUGCGCGAGGAUCCUGAGACCGGCAAGAACUUGGAGCCAUACGAGGACGUCGCAGUGGACGUGCCUACGGAGUACCAGGGAGUCAUCAUGGAGGAGAUGCAGAAGAAAGGCGGUGUCAUGAAGGGUAUGGAGACUGGAGCCGUUGAGAACUCCUUGAUCUUGAGCUUCGAGAUCCCAACGCGUUGCACCAUCGGCAUGCCCGGCAAGUUCAUGCAGAGGACCUCUGGUACCGCGGUCAUGACCUCCCAGUUCUCACACUGGGGCGAGUUCGACGGUACGACCAUCAAGCUGCGGGACAAGGGAUCCAUCACCACAGGUGCUACCGGGAAGGCCACCUUCUACAGCAUCCUGAACUUCCAACAGCGGGGUAAGUUCUUCGUCGAGCCGGCGGAAGAAGUCUACGCAGGGCAGGUCAUCGGCCUUCACAAUAAGGACACUGACCUGGCCGUCAACAUCACGAAGGAGAAGGCAGUCUCCAACGUCCGGGCAGCCUCAAGUUCGUUCACGGUCGCGCUUCCUCCCAAGAUCCAGAUGAGCAUCGACGACUGGCUGGGACACAUGGACACCGAUGAGGUUCUCGAGGUCACGCCUGGCCCACUCCGACUCGCUAAGAAAAAGGAGAUCAAGGGGCUGAAGUGA